AUGAUGGGACAAUUGUGGAAGCGGAUCCCGUGGUGCGGUCGACGGGCGUCGGCCGUCUACGUCGUCUGGGCCGCGGCGUCCUUUGUCGCUGGAGGGAUUCUCUCUGGUGACCGAAACGCGAGAAUGCGCCAAUUCCCCAAGUCGGCGUCGGGGCGACGCAAGGCCCAACAUGGCGGCAAAUCGUCACGGGACGCCAAUUGGGAAGGAGGACCUCAGGGAUUCCCGAACGAGGAGCAUGGAUUAGCGAGGAAUGACGUGGAAUACGACGGAUUGGCGCCGCCGGACGCCGGCCAGGCGGACCUCGGUGGCGUCGGAGGUGGCUCUGUUGCUGUCGACGGCGCCGACAGCUGUCCAGUCCGGAUUCCCUGCGUCAUCAAUGACGAGUACUCCAUCGAAUGUAGGCGCCUGGAUGCCGAAGUCUACGUGCCAUUCUCAUUUUUGCGGAAAUAUUUUGAGGACGUUGAUCUCGACGGGGGCGUUCUCGUGGAAUUCACGGUUGUUUUAACUAAUCCGUUCAAUCCUGUCCCAAAUGCUGGGGCUUGGAACCCCUCGGAGUGCAGGCGGUUUGAUGUUUGCUCGACUCGUAAUGUACGAACGAGACCCGUGCUGAUCUGA